AUGUCAUCCUUUAAUAAUAUAUCUGAUGACGAAGAUGAUUUAUUCAAUGACUCAAAUACGUUAAAUCACAAUCCAUUUAAUACUUUAAACACUCCCUUUCAUUUUAGAAAUGUUACCAAUUCAAGUUAUUCAACUAUAGUGGAUGAUUAUAAUGAAAAUAUUAAAUACCCAACCAGAAGUAAAACAGUCAAUUUUAAAGAUGAUAUCGAAUAUCCUCCAAUAAUAUAUUCUCCUGGAAAACAAAAUUCUUAUCCAUCAUAUUAUGAAGAUGAAUUAUAUAAUGAUAAUGGAAGUUACUAUAAUGGGGAAAAUUAUAUAAUUAAUCCAUUGGAAGAUGCUGAAGUUAACGAAGAAGAUCCAUUUAAUGAUUCCUCCUCAUUGUUUUCUGAUACUGGUGAAGAUAUAAUAAGAAGAAGAACAACAAUUAAGAAACUCGAUAAUGAUUCGGAUGAUGAUUUUCAGCCUCAAUUAACAUAUUCGAAAACUAUUAAAAAAGCCAAGUUGAUAAAUGGAAAUUAUAUAAUUGAUGCCCCAAUCCCUAGAGCCCUCUUAAAUAUGUACGGAAAACAAAUCGAAAAUAUGGGACAGGAAAUGUCAUUUUUAAGAUAUACUGGUGCAACUUGUGGACCAUCAAAUUUUACAAAAUUUGGAUAUAAUUUAAGACAAGGUAUAUACGAACCAAAUAGACAAACUGAAAUAAUGGUUUGUAUUACAAUGUAUAAUGAAGAUGAAAUAUUUUUGGCAAAAACACUUAAAGGUGUUUUCGAUAAUAUCAAAGAUUUAACAAAUAGAAAUGAUCCAAAAUGGGGUGAUGAUAGUUGGAAAAAAAUUGUUGUUUGUAUUAUAAAUGAUGGUAGGUUGGAAUUAAAUAAAAGAACUGAGAUUUUAUUAAGUAGUUUGGGUAUUUUUCAAGAAGGUUAUGCAAAACUGAAAAUUAAUGAUAAAUCAGUUAAAGCUCAUAUUUAUGAAUAUACUUCAACUGUAGGUAUUGAUUCAAUUAACGAACAAGUUUAUUUGACUUCAAAUUCAACUCCUGUACAGUUUAUAUUUUGUUUAAAAGAAAAGAAUCAAAGAAAAAUUAAUAGUCAUAGAUGGUGUUUUCAAGCUUUUGGCCCAAUUUUGAAUCCUAAAAUUAUAAUGUUAUUGGAUUGUGGAACAAAGCCAUCUAAAAAUGCAUUUUAUCAUUUAUGGAGACUGUUUAAAGAUCCAAAUGUAGCAGGUGCAUGUGGAGAAAUGAAAGUUUCAUUAGGUGAAAAUAAACGAUUAUUGUCAAAUCCAUUAGUUGCUGCACAAAAUUUUGAAUAUAAAAUUUCCAAUAUAUUAGAUAAACCAAUGGAAAGUGUAUUUGGUUUUAUAUCCGUAUUACCGGGUGCUUUUAGCGCGUAUAGGUAUGAAGCUUUAUUAAAUGUCAAUGGAGUCGGACCAUUAGAAAAAUAUUUCAAAGGUGAAUAUCUACAUCAAGAUCAAAUUAUUGAUGAAGAUGACGAUGAAAAGUAUAUAAAAGAGAAAAACUUUCAACAAUGUGGAGUUUUUACAUCAAAUAUGUUUUUGGCGGAAGAUAGAAUUUUAUGUUUUGAAUUGAUUGCAAAAAAGAAUCAUAACUACAUAUUAAGAUACGUCAAUGAAGCGAAAGCUGAGACGGAUGCACCAGAAAGAAUAGAUGAAUUUGUUUUACAGAGAAGAAGAUGGCUUAACGGUUCAAUGUUUGCUGCAACUUAUGCUAUUUUCCAUUGGACAAAGAUAUGGAGGUCUAAUCAUUCUUUAAUGAGAAAAUUAUUCUUACAAUUGGAAUUUUAUUAUCAAUUAAUAACAAUUUUAGUUUCAUGGUUUUCAUUAGCAAGUUUCUUUUUAGUUUUUAGGAUUUUAACAGCAAAUUUGGGCUCAAAAGAAAUGAAUUUUCAAAUUGGUAAAUAUUUGGCUAUUAUAUUCUUAUGGAUUUACGUUGGAUCAGUAGUUGUUACUUUUGUUUUAGCAUUUGGUAAUACACCAAGAGGUACAAAGAAGUUUUAUUUAGUUAUAGCUAUAUUUUUUGCAGUAUUAAUGUGUUAUAUGAUGUUUGCAGCAAUUUUCUUAGCAGUUCAUACCAUAACAUCAAUUUUGAAUCAACAUAAAGAUGAAUUUACUGCAAGUAUGAUUUUUACAAAUUCAAAAUUUAGAGAUUUAAUAGUAAGUACAGUUUCAACUUAUAUUUUGUAUUUCAUUGGUUCUUUUAUGUAUGGAGAACCUAGUUUUAUGUUGACAAGUUUUAUUCAAUAUGUUGCAUUGAGUCCAACAUAUAUUAAUGUUUUGAAUAUUUAUGCCUUUUGUAAUAUUCAUGAUGUUUCAUGGGGUACAAAGGGAGUAGAAAUGGCUAAGAAUUUGGGUUCAGCAAAACUGUUUGGUAAAAAUAAAGAUUCAAUUAUAAUGGUUUCAAUACCUAAUUCAAAUGAAGAAAUGGAUGAAAAGUAUAAAGAACAAUUAGAAUUAUUGAAAACUAAAUCAAUUGAAGAAACUGUAUCGAAUUCAAAUAUUAAAAAAUCAAAAGAUGAUUCUUAUUAUGCAUUUGUAAGAACAUUAACUGUUUUAGUUUGGAUGUUGACAAAUGCAAUUUUGAUUGUUAUUGUUUUAAAUGUUGCAGGUUUAGACGUUUUUACAAAUAAACAAGAAGUUAAUAGUGAUGGGUCAAUUAGUGGUAAUUCAGAAAUAUUCCUAACUAUUAUUUUAUGGAUUGUUGCAGGUUUAGCAGCAUUUAGAUUCAUUGGCUCAUUUUUAUUUUUAGUAUUUAAAAAUUUUAGACCAUUAAAAUGGAAGUUGAGAGAAAGAAAGAUUAGAAAUAAUUCAUUAGCAUAA